CGCAGCUGUCGCAUCACAAAAGGCCGUCUUUGGGUCUCUCAACGCAGUGAAGGGUAUUUAGGUGGAACUUGGCAGCUCGAACUCAGCACGAUGCCGCUCUACAGCGUCAGCUCCCGCCUCGCACAAGCUUCACCAACCGUAUCUGUCGAGAAAGGCGCAUACCGUAUGCGUGCGCCAUACACGCACACGCACACGCACACGCGCAGCGCGUCCACGCUCCACCUCCCUCGCAAGGUGCGCUUCGCAACUCCCCCGCGCUCCGCCUACCGGAAACAGAUGGCACUCCUCGUCGUCUUUCUCGUCUCUGCGGCCGUUUCAUGCUUCGGCGUUGCAUACUACUUGUUUUCGACGAGGUGGGAUACUCGGGCUCUCCAUUCGCUGCCUGGCGACCCGUCUGACGAUCUUCCUUCUCUGCUGCUCCCGCAAGCCCUCGACUUCGGCUCUGACCUGCGCGAUGCAUGGCCUACUUCUGCUUCUUCGUAUCCGUCUUUUACUUCUUCUGAUGGACUAGUGCUGUCUGUGGAUCCGGAUGAGCGGUUCAUGGCGUAUUUGCCCCAUAGUGGCUUUCAUAAUCAGCGCAUCGCUUUCGAGAAUGCUCUUGUACUGUCUCGCUUGCUCAAUCGAACGCUCCUUGUCCCUCCUGUCCGUCUUGGCAAUAGACCUCUCUACUAUCUUCCGUUUGAUGAGCUCCGUGAAUAUAUUGCCAACUCGAGCAAACACGGUUUGCAGCACUGUCGUCAUCUUCCUCCGGAUCCUCUGGAAGUGCCGGAAUGUGACGGUUACUUCGACUUCACCUACGUUCCUUGGAGUGGGCUGGUAGACCUCACGCAAAUCAAGUCAGAACAAAGGCUCUUGCCGUGCUCGAACUUGACUGCUGCCUGGCUUGAGGAAUGGCUGCACAUCGGCGACAAUGAUACGUUUGCUCUGAAGGACUUGAGCAGGAACCAGUACCGCUUUCAGGACUUUACAACUGCCCCAGGGACCAUGUCACUUAAAUACCUCGAGUCCGUCCAGAUUUCGUCCCUCGCAGCUCGUCCCGAACGCCUCCUCUUCCUAGGAACGCUCUUCGGCUCCUCGCGGUUACACCUGCGCGACCCUGCGAACUACCGCCUGCGCAAGCGCAUCCGCGAGAACAUGGCGUUCACGAACCCCCUCCUGACGCAGGCCGCCGAGUCCAUCAGUGCCGCUCUCGGCGGGCAGUACCUUGGUGCGCAUGUUCGCGUCGGCGACGGGCCCUUUCUGGAGAACGCGGGCGAGAACGUGCGGCUGAUCUGGUGGCGGCUCGUGCAUUCCAUACUGGGCUUCAGCAUGAGAGACACGCUUGCGUUGGAGAAGGGUUUAUUAUUCGAUCAGAGCGAUCCGGAAGAUGCCUUGUUGAUCCCGCCACGAAUCCCGCUAGAUUUUGCUGCGCUACGAGCUCCUCACCCCGAUCUGCCUCCCUUGGACCGCAUGCAGCCACCUGCGCUGAUUUGUCCUCGUGAGUUGCAUGCUGCUGCAGAACUCCAGCCGCUCAACACGCCGCUGUUCAUCUCGACGGACGUCUCAUCUCCAAGUACAGACCUACUUCUGCGGCGCUUCGUGGAGACGUUCCCGUGCAUGUUCCUUCUCGGCGACUUUCCCUCGACUACGUCUGUCCUUGAUGGCCUCGAGAACGCCGAUGAUGGCGUUAGACUCAGGCCGUUCUUUAUGCCAGUCCUCGAUGCGAUGGUUGCGGCGAGAGCAUGGCAAGUCGUGGGGACGGAACAGAGCACUUUCAGUGCGUUUGUUCAGGACGUUCUAUGGAGAACGUACCACGGGUACGAGAUCGUACAAAGAGGAUGAUAGCUUUCUGUAACCCACUAUUACGAUGCAUCCCAGAUAUCCAUUGUGUUUUAUUAAUCAUUAUACUACAUGCGGUAGGAUUACAUUAUCUACGUCUGGUUGAGACCGUGUUGACCCGUGAGCUGGUAUCACACAAAGGUCCGUGAGUUUGCGCGCACUUGGGAGCAUCGCGUCAACGUGUCACGAACGCCCCGCCGGUCAAUGUUGAUUUCGUUGUUCUUCAGCAUAAACAACGUCAGGAUCGCGACCGCGCACUUCGGGUAGCAGCAGGCUGAUGACUAUA